GGUUGGGUUUGCAUGUUGAUUUUUUACCGUUGCACUCCGCCCGAUUUCCUCAGCCAAGAUGGAAUCCCUUCCAUCAGAAAUAUUGUCUGCAAUAUUCACAUUGGCUGCCGACGAGGACGUGCUCUUUCAUCAUGCGCUGCCGACAUCGAUGGCUUGUAGUGCGUGGUUCAGUAAUGCCUUUAGCUUAUGGUCCUUGCGCAGUCCCAGUGAGGCCAUAAAUGCGCUCCAACGACGCAGCUACUCCACGAAGAAGAGCAUUAUCUUGACCUGCAAAACGUUCCAUCGCGUUGGCUACGAACUCUUCUUUCAUUGCCUCUUCUUCAACGGACCGUCCAAAAUUGCCGGUCUCUGUGCCGUUCUCGACUCUAACAAAACUGAUCCUUCCCCUGGAUGGUGGACCAAGCGCCUUCACCUCACCUCUUACUCGGACGUCGUUCUCACUCCGGAAUCGGCAGACGCGCUAUCGACUGUGAUAAGGCACUGCCCUAACCUAGAAAUCAUGGUCAUGUCAUUUCCAGUUAGCAGCGGCGCAUUUACUUCUGUCGCAGAUACCAUCAGCACCUAUGUGAGGCGCACAAUCCAUACCCUUAAUCUCAACGUCCCAGUUUCAAGCCUCCCUAAGCUCAUCUGGAUGUUAUCAUCCCUUCCUCUUCUCACCUCAGCCCAUUUCUCCUUCAGGUCGCACAAAAACCUCGAUGAUGAAGACAAUCCGCCCCUUGGAGCGGCCGAAUCCAUCAUUCUCACCCUACCUCGCCUCACCCAGCUUUCCUUGUACGGAAAUACCGCGCAGUUCCUCGAACAGACCCUGAAUUGGUCUCUUCCAUCUCUUCGAUUCCUAUCGCUCAACACCUUCCAAUCCGACAUUCUACCUGUCUUGGACGUGCAUGGCAGCAAACUCAUUCUCCUUGACGUGACAUGUUCGCAUCCCAUCGCGAUGGAUCUAGUCCUCCAACGCUGCCCGAACCUUGAAACUGUUUGCUUUAACGCUGACUGGCGUAUCGAGGGUCAGAUGAUGCAUGAUAACAUCCGCGAUGUUGGCCUGCAUGGCCUGUCUUUGGCGUUUACCACUGUGAAAAAGGACGGGGCUUCCCAACUAUCAUUACUUGAUUCAAUGAUUCGGCGCGCAAAUGACUCUAACUUUACCGCUGUGCUGGACAAGUCCAAGUUCCCAAAACUGGCCAGGGUGCGGGUACUGAGCCCGAAUGUCCUGACGGCGUUGGAGAAAAAUGGUGGACCUGAGAGUGCGCCAGCCAAUGGAUACGGGUAUAUAGACGAAAUAGAGGAUGGGCUCAAACGGUGGGAGAGGUGGUGGGAUACGUGUUACAAGGCUGGAGUUAGAUUGGAAGACUGUACUGGGGGAGAGCUGGGUGUGUUGCCUGGCGAAGAAGAAGAUACUGUCCAAGAGGACGAGGAUGAAGACGAGGAUGAGGAAGAGGAUUUGUCUUGGGAGUACGAAGUGCCGCCAAUGGAUCAAGAAGACACAUCUGGAGUGGGCGAGUUGCGAAAGUUAAUUGAGGAAUGCAGGAAGAUGGAGCUGGAACGGGAUACGUUCUGAUCUUAAUGCAUCCUAUUUAAAAAAUAUGUGGAAUUUUCUUCUAUCUAUCAUAACAUAGAUAAAGGCUUAUAUAUAUGUUACAACCCUC